AAACUCAGGCCCCAAGUAUGGCAAGGUUGUUUGACGAGAUCAACCAGCAGCUGGACUUCUCUAGCUGUGGAGAAGAAGGAAGCAGUAGUGACAACAGCUCAGAUGACAGCGCCUCCAUGGUCAGGAGUCCCAGCUCUGUAUGCAGGACACCCAGGGUGCAACGCCAUCGCAGUAGAAGCAAUACUUUGUCUUACACUUUACAGUGCACCAGCCCCAUACCUUAUGCCUCCUGGAGUAAGCUGAGGCUCUGUGACUCUCCCAGCACACCCAAGAGUCUGCUAUCUAAGUCAUCCCAGCCUUGUUCUAGCACUAAGAUCAGUCGGCAUCAAAGGACCCUUCGUUUUGCCUCAGCUGCUGCAAACCUCACCCAGGCACCCUCGGUCAAUGUGAAUCCUUUCACCCCUGACACGGUGCGCACCAACAGCGAGCAGCUGAGGAGGAACAUUUAUAGAAGCGAUGAAGAUGAUGAUUAUCGGCAAAGGUUGAAGCACAGCUUAACGUCAUCAGAGGAGGAUGAUGAAGCCUUCCUCCCACCAAAGAGGCGAGCUGUCCAAACCUUAAUGCUGUCGCGGUAUGAGAGUGAGUUCCUGGAGCUGGAGCGCAUUGGCGUGGGCGAGUUUGGGGCAGUUUACAAGUGUGUGAAGAGGCUGGACGGUUGCUUGUACGCCAUAAAGCGUUCUCGCCGACCCCUCGCAGGCUCUGCCAAUGAGCAGCUGGCUCUAAAGGAGGUGUAUGCGCAUGCUGUUCUUGGGCACCAUCCACAUGUUGUUCGCUAUUAUUCAGCCUGGGCAGAAGACAAUCACAUGAUUAUUCAGAAUGAAUACUGUGAUGGUGGGAGUGUCAACGACACCAUCAUGAAGAAGGAGGUGCAGGGUGAGCUGUUUUCAGAGGCCGAGCUGAAAGAUCUGCUAUUGCAAGUGUCUAUGGGUCUAAAAUACAUCCACAGCUUAGGCCUCGUACACCUGGACAUCAAACCAAGUAAUAUAUUCAUUUGUCAGCGUUCCAGCACAAGUGCAGCAGGCGAGGGGGAAAGCGAGGAGGAAGACAACAGCACUUCAGCAGGAGUCAUAUACAAAAUUGGGGAUCUGGGCCAUGUGACAUCAACAAACAGUCCCCAAGUUGAGGAAGGGGACAGCCGUUUUCUGGCCAGUGAGGUUCUGCAUGAGGAUUACAGACACCUCCCUAAGGCAGAUCUCUUUGCUCUGGGCCUCACAGUGCUGCUGGCAGCUGGGGCUCCUCCUCUGCCUCAAAAUGGAGAUGAGUGGCACAGCCUUAGAGAGGGGAAGCUUCCCAAGCUGCCACAGGAGCUCUCAUCUCCCCUCAGAGGUUUGCUGCAGUUGUUGCUGGAUCCAGACCCAAUGAAGCGGCCAUCUGCCAGAGAGCUUUGCAAGCACGCGGUCUUAAGGGAGGGGAGGACUGGGAGGCUGGCUGCUCAGCUACGCAGAGAGCUCAAUGUAGAGAAGUUCAGGACAGCCAUGCUUGAAAAAGAGCUCCAGGAAGCUCGUCAGGCAGUUCUGUCACCCAAGCAGGGCCUCCCUCCAGGACCAAAACCUUCUGCUAAGAUAGACUCUCUACCUAAGGCAGGGAGAAGGCUUGUUGGUAGGAUGACGUCACGAUCCAAGAGCUUUGGUUGCCCUGGGUAUGGAGUCUGAUGGGACAGUGUGAGGCCAACGUGUCUGUCAUUUGCUUUUAUAAUGUAAUUUCUUCUGCUACCAGGUUGUGGUAAAAACCUUGAUAUUUGUUUAUGUCACAGAUGUUGUGUUGGUUGUAGAAAUGACUGGAUGGACAGUAUUGGUUUUAAAGGCAUCUGACUCUGACUCACUUUUCUCUGGGGAUAAUUUCAAUAUUAUGUAACUGCUGCAGACCAUUGUAUUUGACCAGUUGUUUUUAUUAUUUUUUUUUAACUGUAAAUAAACAUUUAAUGCA